AUCCACCUCUUCAGCAGCCUCAUCAACUCCUGUAUAAAAGAACACACUUCUUGAACCUGCCUACUUACCUCCUGUGAUUACCUCUAGCAUUGCCCCUGUCUCCAAUGUCCUCUAUUGUGUGUCUACUCUUCCAAGUCUUCAUCCCUGAGAAUUGUCUGUACUCCAGCUAAUUCACAUGCAAAGACAGUAAACCUCUUCAUUCUCCAGUAUUGCAUUGGUCCAAUAUUACAUUAUUACUUACCCAUUGCUACUCACCCAUUUUCUCUGUUAAUAAAAUCACUGUGUCUAUAGCCUGCUAAGUCUGUCUCUGAGUCUGGUAUUUCCAUAACAGAAGACCAGAACAAACACAGCAGCAUGAGUUCCACGGACCGAUUUCAGGAUAUUGUGGAUUCGCUGUGACUGGCCUUCGUAUCCACAAGAACAUUGAUCACCACACCAGUCACUCCUACAGCAACUGUUUGUGUAGUCAGUCCUAUGGCCAACCUGGUGCUCUACUUCGGUUUGGAAGAAGGCUGCAACAGAUUUUUUUCUCUACAGUUCUCACUGGCCCUCAAGAUGCAGCUGCACCAAUUUCCCACUGAGAAAUCCAAGAUCUCCUUUGUCAUCUCUCUUAUUAGGGCAAGUGCUCCAGUGCACGGAAACCAUUUGGAACAAGGAUGGCCCAGUCACCCAGCCAUUCAGCAGCUUUGUAGCUUAUUUCCGAGAAGUGUUUGGAAGACCACUUAGUGAAUCAUGAGUGAGUGAGCAAUUGUAUCACUUAAAACAAGUAAAAAUGUAAUUUUGCACUCUGGCAGCCGCUGGUGGGUAGAAUGAGUGCUCACUCCUCAACCCAAGUAGCUGCUGCAUUCCUCUGCCUACAAUGAUUCCAUCAGUCUCUAGUGCUUCCUUCAACUCUCCAUCCGUGUGUUUGGAAGACCAACAGGGCCAACAGUGUUCCUCCUAUGAACAGCCAAAGUAUGCCAGCUCUCCAGAACCAGGUACAGAGCCCAUGGUUGUGGACAAUGCUCAUUUAUCCUCUGCUUAGCGGCAACGGUGGCUGGUCCAGGGUCUUUGUUUGUUCUGCAGAGUAUGAUAGCAUGUCAUCUCUGUUUGCCCUAUCCGUCCUCCUUAACCUGUGGUGAGUUUCAUUCAUACUCUUAAUUCUCAUGCAUCUCCACUCAUCACUGAGGUCACCCUUACUACUCGUGAUAUCUUUAUUUCAGUACUCUCCCUCCUCAACUCUGGAACAGCUGGCAGCUUUAUCUCUGGGGAGCUCUGCCAUCAACUCCAGCUCAAAAGAAGUCCAGUCAGUAACAGGAAGACUGCUCAGCUUCUGUCAUGUGUGUUUCCAUGUGGGACCCAUCAAGCUCUGGCUUAGCCAACUCCAUCAAGGAUCCCUAGAUUUCCACGUUACGGAGCGACUCACCAUUGGCAUCAUCCCAGGGCAUUCCCAGGGCAUUCAUGAUGUAGAUGAAUGCUCUAAAGGCCUACACACAUGCAAUGCAGACCAGCUCUGCUAUAACACCAGAGGCUCCUACACCUGUCAGUGUCAUCCUGGAUACCAGAAACAUGGAGAACAGUGUGUGGAUAGAAAUGAGUGUAUGCUAUCACACUACUGCAUGCACAGUUGUGUGAACACUGCUGGCUCUUAUUACUGUGAGUGUAAAGAUGGCUACCAGCUCGCCAGCAACAACCACAGCUGUGUAGAUGUGAAUGAGUGUGAUCUGACUCAGCCGUGCCAACAUCAGUGUUUCAACCUCCUGGGCUCAUAUAUCUGUCAGUGUGAUCGGGGUUAUGAACUUACAUCAGAUACGGUCUCUUGUGUGGACAUAGAUGAGUGCGCAUUCUCCAGCUACAUGUGCCAGUAUGUGUGUAUUAACAGCCCCGGUGGAUAUUCCUGCAUCUGCCCAGAGGGAUAUCAGCUGCAGAGAACAAGAAUGUGUCAAGACAUCAAUGAGUGUGACACAGGCCAUGAGUGUAGGGAAGAUGAGAUGUGCUGGAACUAUUAUGGAGGUCAUCGCUGUUACCCUCAGAACCCGUGUCUGGAGCCUUACGUGCUGACAUCAGAAAAUCGGUGUUCUUGCCAGUCUGCGGGUGCGUGUCGAGGCCUGCCGCAGUCUAUUGUUUACAAAUAUAUGAGCAUUCAUUCAGAGCGCACCGUACCAGCAGAUAUCUUUCAGAUUCAAGCCACAAACAUCUUCCCCAGUGCACACUAUACCUUCAGGAUUAAAGCUGGGAAUGAUGGAGGAGAGUUCUUCCUUAGGCGGUUCAGCAGCAUUGGUGCGAUGCUGGUCUUGACAAAGUCCCUGGAGGGCCCUCAGGAGCUGAUCGUUGAUCUGGAGAUGAUCACUCAACACACAGUGAUGAACUAUCGCUCAAGCUCUUUACUAAGGCUCACCAUCAUCGUGGGACCCUACCCCUUCUAACACUACUGCUGCUUCACACAUUUAUACACAUCCAGAGUGCUUGCAUUAAAGUUACACGCAGCAACGGUGAGAUGUUAUGAAUUGCUGACUGUUCUAAUGUGUCUUUGUCUUACAGUCAUAAAAAAAUUAUCUGAAUCUGUGCUCCAGACUGCCACUAAAAUGGUUGCCAAUGUGACAAAAAAAAUACAUUUUAUGUUAGUAAUUUAAAAUCUAAAAACUUUAUUGGUUUUGUCAUAUUUCCUCUUCGUCGGAGUCGCAGGGUAGAUGGUGUAGAGAGGAUAUUUAGUGUGAUGGAUCUCUUUGAUCAACCACUGAAAAGUAUUCAACAACAGAGUAGAAUGGAUGCCUUUGAAUGAAUUUCUUCUGUAUAUGAAGGAUGGGUGAUUGUUUGUCACACACAAGUACAGCACAUUUACCAAAAGCAUAAUCUUAUAAUGAGUUUAUUCACAUUUGCAAGUACUGCUUGCUUUCAGAGUUUGUCAGUCAAAAAACUGGGGACAGUUUAUACUGUAGGUUUGAGAACAAACAUCUCAAAUGGUUAGACAGCCUCAGAGUCAUGAACUGAUGUGGUGGGAAUAACACGACUGGUGCCAUUCUUCAAUAUAAAAUGACACAAUUUUCUAUUACUAAACUAUAACCAUUUCUAAAAAUGACCAGUAAUGUUCUGUAACAGUUUUAUAUCAAAUGUAAAUUGGGAAUCUUUUUAAUCAGAAAUUUUCAACAAAAAGUCAUUUAAACCACAUCACAGGAAAGCCCACAGUUGGCACCUUUUUGUUCCAUUGUAAUCUUUUUCUCUCUCUCUCUCUCUCUCUGUUUUUUUUUUUUUUUUUUUUUUUUUUUUUACAUCAAAAUCGUUUAAUUUGAUUGUAAUCAGCACAAUGCUACAAAUGCUUAAAUUUGCAGUUUCAAAUCUUGCCUGACUGACAGGCUUUUUUAUUUUAUUUUUAAUCAGAGGCAUGUCAGUAAUAAUGGUGUGUCUGUUAUUUUCAGAGUGAAAUAACAUCAGCUAGAUUACUGCAGUCUAUUGGUAAAACUAAAAAAGAAAUUACACUUAACUGAAAGUUGUAGGGCAGCUCUUAAUUGGAUAAGUUGUUGUGCAUAAAUUUGUAAUAAUGAUCUUGACAAGGAGCCCUGCUAAUUUAAGAACAAGCAUUUACUCAGGGCCAUGUCUUCAUUAAAUGUGAGUCUUAAGUUGCCGGGGUAUAUUUUUAGCAAUAGCCAAAAAUCAGUACGAUAUUAUUUAAAGAUCAUGUUCUAUGAAGAUAUUGUGUAAAUUUCCUACCGUAAAAAUAUCAAACCUUUUUUUUUUGAUUAGUAAUAUUCAUUGCUAAGAAUUCAUUUGAACAACUUCAAAGGCGAUCUUCUCAGUAUUUAGAUUUUUUUGCUCCCCCAGAUUCCAGAUUUUCAAAUAGUUGUAUCUUGGCUAAAUACCGGACAAUCCUAAUAAACCAUACAUCAAUGGAAAUCUUAUUUAUUCAGAUUAUGUAUAAAUUUUAAUUUCGAAAAAAGUGUGCACAUGACUGAAUGACUCUACUGUAUAACAGCUUUCUUUUGCUGAGGUUUUGCCUAACUGUUGUCAGCAGACAGUAGUGUUUUGCAUUUUACAGUUUUUGGAGUCCUUUCUUUCUAACCCUAAUCUCCUAAUGUUGGUCACUAAUAGAUAUAAUACAGUGGUCAUAAGUUGAAGCUCAAAUUUGAGAUCUAUCAGUUGAUGUGUACUUUGUCAAACAUAGAAAGUGAAAGUGUUGACCUCUGGCAUGUUAAUACUUUGCCAAAGUUGUUUGGGUAUCGUAUGUUGGUUAAGUUACAUUGCUGUUAUGUUUUGUACUGAUGACAUGAAAAUAACCAGAUUCUGGCUUUGCAAUUUCUCAUAAUUCAUCUGCUUUCAAAUAAAUAGGCUUCAGCCUGACAUUACUCACUAGCUGAAACACAGAUAUCUCAGAGCUUUAAAGGAUGAGAAAUACAACAUUAAUAUCAUGGUAUGGAACUUUUUGGUGUUUAACAAAAUGUGAUUUUUAAUUGUUGAACAUGAUUAUUUGUACACUGAACAAUAACAGUUAAAAAUAAAGGAAAAUACAUUGAUUAUCUUCUCAAA